UCUUCUUCGUGAGGCAUGGCGCGGCGAGGUGGGCUCUGGGCGCUGCUGCUGGCGGCGCUCUGCGGCGCGCUGGGCGCCUUCGCCUUGCGGCAGGGCUCCGAGGCGGAGCAGCCCGAAGCGGUGGCGGGCGGCGGCUCGGCGAACCGGCGGCGCCGCCUCAGCCAGGAGGACGGCAUCUCCUUCGAGUACCACCGCUACCCGGAGAUGCGCGAGGCGAUGGUGUCGGUGUGGCUGCAGUGCUCGUCCAUCAGCAGGAUCUACACCGUGGGCCGCAGCUCCGAGGGCAGGGAGCUGCUGGUCAUCGAGCUCUCCGACAACCCGGGCGAGCACGAGCCUGGGGAGCCAGAAUUCAAAUACGUUGGCAACAUGCAUGGAAAUGAAGCCGUGGGAAGGGAGCUCCUCAUCUUCUUAGCUCAGUACCUCUGCAACGAAUAUCAGAAAGGCAAUGAGACUAUCAUCAACUUGAUUCACAGCACACGUAUCCAUAUCAUGCCAUCGCUGAAUCCAGAUGGCUUUGAGAAGGCAGCUUCACAGCCUGGUGAACUCAAAGACUGGUUUGUUGGCCGAAGUAAUGCCCAGGGAAUAGACCUAAACCGAAAUUUCCCUGACCUGGAUAGAAUAGUUUAUGUCCAUGAGAAAGAAGGUGGUCCAAAUAAUCACUUACUGAAAAGCCUGAAGAAAGCUGUGGAUCAGAACCCAAAGCUUGCGCCUGAAACAAAAAGUGUAAUUCAUUGGAUUAUGGAUAUUCCCUUUGUGCUGUCUGCCAACCUCCAUGGUGGGGACCUUGUAGCAAACUACCCUUAUGAUGAGACUCGAACUGGUAGUGCACAUGAAUACAGCUCCUGCCCAGAUGAUGCUAUUUUCCAAAGCUUAGCUCGAAGCUAUUCAUCCUUUAAUCCCGCCAUGUCUGAUCCAAACAGGCCACCGUGUCGCAAGAAUGAUGACGACAGCAGUUUCAUAGAUGGAACAACCAAUGGUGGGGCUUGGUACAGUGUUCCAGGAGGCAUGCAGGACUUCAACUACCUCAGCAGCAAUUGUUUUGAAAUCACUGUGGAGCUUAGCUGUGAAAAAUUCCCUCCAGAGGAAACACUGAAGAGUUACUGGGAGGACAACAAGAAUUCACUUAUCAAUUAUAUUGAGCAGAUCCAUCGUGGGGUUAAAGGAUUUGUUAGAGAUCUUCAGGGCAAUCCUAUUGCUAAUGCCACCAUUUCUGUAGAGGGAUUGAACCAUGAUAUUACUUCAGCUAAGGAUGGUGAUUACUGGAGAUUGCUUGUACCUGGAAACUAUAAAGUGACUGGCUCUGCACCAGGUUAUCUAGCAAUAACUAAAAAAGUGGCUGUUCCCUUCAGUCCUGCCGUUAGGGUUGAUUUUGACCUGGAAUCUCUGUCUGAAAGAAAAGAAGAAGAAAAGGAAGAGUUAAUGGAAUGGUGGAAGAUGAUGUCAGAAACUUUAAAUUUUUAAAGCAGAAGCUCUGAAUUUACAGCUUUUAAUCUAUUACGUGUUGACUUAGUAUACUGUACUGUGGAAAGUCCCUAUAUUUUAGAUUUUGUGUAGCUCACAAUAUUUAACUUGAGUUUUUUGAGUAUUUUUUUUAAAAAACCAGUAAUCUGCUCUACAUAAAAACAAAUUACUAGAUACUUUCAUGCCAUUAUUUGCAAUCCUACAUAUUCAACAUGGGGGAAGAAUAUCUGAAUGAAUGUCCCAUCUACCUAACUUGAAUACAAAUCCUGACUGUGUAGGGUAAGCACAAUGAUGAUAAUAAUACUAAACACACUAUAGUAAUUAGCAGUCACUUGCACUUCUGCUGCUGAUAUGUGGCAGUGCAGGUGAGCAGAUGAUGUUUUCUAAUGUCUCAUGAAAUAAUGGCACUGCAAAUGUAUGCAGUAAAAACUUGGUGUUGUAAGUAAUGCUUUACUACAAUUAAAGUUUGUUUAUGUCUCUGUGGAAGAGCCAUGUAAAAUAAGUAUAAUGACUUGGGUUUCAUCUACUCACAUGGAAAUAACUUUCACCAUUCUUAUUUAAAAGCAAAGAGGAAUAGUACAACUUUUCCCUUACUCUGUCCAAUAAUGUUCCCAAGUAACUUGGUAAUCAGAUUAAAAUUUCUGGAUGGAUAAAGAAUAA